AUGUGCCUGUUGCUGCUUGUGCCUGUGCUGCCCGUGCCUGUGCUGCCCUGUGCUGCCUGUGCCUGUUGCUGCCUGUGCCUGUGCUGCCCGUGCCUGUGCUGCCCGUGCCUGUGCUGCCCGUGCCUGUGCUGCCCGUGCCUGUUGCUGCCUGUGCCUGUGCUGCCCGUGCCUGUGCUGCCCGUGCCUGUGCUGCCCGUGCCUGUGCUGCCCGUGCCUGUGCUGCCUGUGCCUGUUGCUGCCUGUGCCUGUGCUGCCCGUGCUUGUGCUGCCCGUGCCUGUGCUGCCCGUGCCUGUGCUGCCCGUGCCUUUGCUGCCUGUACCUGUUGCUGCCUGUGCCUGGUGCUGCCCGUGCCUGUGCUGCCCGUGCCUGUGCUGCCCGUGCCUGUGCUGCCCGUGCCUGUGCUGCCUGUGCCUGUUGCUGCCCGUGCCUGUGCUGCCCUGUGCUGCCUGUGCCUGUUGCUGCCUGUGCCUGUGCUGCCCGUGCCUGUGCUGCCCGUGCCUGUGCUGCCCGUGCUUGUGCUGCCUGUGCCUGUUGCUGCCCGUGCCUGUGCUGCCCUGUGCUGCCCGUGCUUGUGCUGCCUGUGCCUGUUGCUGCCCGUGCCUGUGUUGCCCCGUGCUGCAUGUGCCUGGUGCUGCUCGUGCCUUGCGCUCGCGCCCUCGUGCGCUCUGCUACUGUCUGCGCCCUCGUGCGCACUGUUUCUGCUCUCCCCCCCCGUUUGCGGCGUCGCCCUGGCAAGGGCAAGGGGGGCAGGGGCGCUGGAGGAGCUAGCAGGGGCUGUGGAGGCGGUCGUGGAGGUAGUGGAGGGGGUGGGGAUGGUGGUGGGAAUGGUGGCGGGGGUGGAGGUGUCGGUGGCGGCAGUGGAGGCAGAGGCGGCGGCGGCGGUGGCAGUGGGAGCGGAGGUGGUGGAGGGGGCGGCGGUGGAGGAGGCGGUGGCAGAGGAGGAGGAGGAGGAGGAGGAGGAGGAGGAGGAGGAGGAGGAGGAGGAGGAGGAGGAGGAGGAGGAGGAGGAGGAGGAGGAGGAGGUCGUGGCUCUUCGCAGAGGAGUGGCUCCGGUGGGGUAG